AAAUACUAUGGCUUGCAUUUCGUAUAAUGUUGGAACUUCAGUGAAAUUUUUUGGCAGUCAUCACCACCGUUCAUCGAGGCCAUUUAGGGGCAUUCACCGGUGCUGCAACUUCAGAAAUUCAUCAUCACUUUUCUAUGUGAAGCCACCUAAUUCGAGCUUUGUGAAUCUUCAUGGUCCUAGGGAUUCUCAACUCUUCAACAGCUCGCAAUGCUUCUCUACUGUCUUCAACAGCAUUUCUUCAGAUAACGGCAUGCCUGAAGAAAGGAUGGUUGUGUUGGUCAUUGGUGGAGGGGGAAGGAAACAUGCACUUUGUUAUUCCUUGAAGAGGUCUCCCUCUUGUGAUGGUGUCUUUUGUGCACCAGGAAAUGCUGGAAUUUCCAGCUCAGGGGAUGCCACUUGUAUUUCCGACCUUGACACCUCUGAUAGCUUGGUUGUGAUUUCCUUUUGUGAAAAAUAGGGUGUAGGAUUGGUUGUGAUUGGACCAGAAGCUCCUCUUGUUGCAGGUCUUGCAAAUGACCUAGGGAAGGUUGGAAUUUCUACUUUUGGCCCUUUAGCAGAGGCAGCUGCUUUGGAAGGUUCCAAGAAUUUCAUGAUGAAUUUGUGUAAC